AUGAAAAGAUUGCACUUUACUUCAAAAAGAAAAAAUCAGCUCUCAUAUUAUUUCCUUCUUCAGCCAUACUAUUCCAGAGAUGGAUCCGUUGAAGCGACUCCACUAGGGUCGCUAACUGGAGUGAACCAAGCCACGCCGCCACCACCUCCGCCUGGUAUUCCGUACAACAGCGUUGCUGCUGGGCGCAUAGCGGCGUCGUCGUCUUCAACAAACACCAGUAGCCCGGUAACGAGUCCUGCAGCUAACGUCGUUAAUGCGAAAACUACAGUUAUAGCAACGCGACCGAGCGCGAAUAACAGCGGUGCAGUUCAACUUGUUCAACUGGUCACGUCCACUUCAACACAACCGAACUCCACGUCAGCCCAAGACGAUGACGCCGGAUCAACAAUUUCAAGCCAGAAUGAAGAUAUGUAUUUGCAAGCUCAUGUCAUGCUUGCGCUAAAACUUAUCGAGUAUGUGCUAGUUGAUCACUGGCUUCUUGCGGAGCCGUUUGCGUUUCGUCAAUUUCUCGGUCUCGUGACACUUGUCGAAAGCAUCAGCAAAGACUGGUUCACUUACCAACUGUAG